AUGGUACAAAGAGGAACGCGCAUAGGGCCGCUGCCUGGGGGUCGCCGGGGCGCGUCUGGAGCUGGCGCUGGACGCGGCAGCAUGCGGGCCGCCAGCCGAGCGCGAGGAGCUGUACGAUCACCUAGCAGCCCUCCGCAUCCAUCAUCCCCACCAGAAGGCUUGGUGUCGGCUGGGUCUUCUCGGACUCAGCAAGCGGCGCCCGCCGCUGGUGGAGCACGUCGCAUGCGUUGGUCACAAACAAUGAACGCAAACGCACUGCGGGCGUACUUUAGGGCAAAAAGGGGAAGAAACCGGAUGUUUGGCAUAUCGGGCUCGGAUGCAUCGCUUUUUUUGCAGAGCUGGAGCCAUCUCUAUCCGUCACUGAGCAAAACCUGGCAGACCGAGUUCGGUACAUCCUGCGCUCCAACAUAUUUGGUGACGCCGAACUCGAACGACUACGACGUGAGGCUGUUCCCUCAUCGGAUGGAAAUGCUACGGCUGGGAAUGCGGCGCCACUAA